AUGUCUCUCCUGGAUCUUCCUCUUGAACUUCUGUUUUGGGUAGCAGACAAUCUGGACGGAGCCCAGGAUCUACUUGCGCUGGUGUGCCUCAAUAAAGCAGCGAAUGCUUCUCUCCUUCCCUCUCUGUACCAAUUCAAUGUGAGACGACAACGCAGUUCAGCAUUGUUUUGGGGCGUCCUCAAGGGAAAUGCAGAAUUCGUGGAAAAAAUGCUGCGUGGUUACCAAGCAGACGUCAACACUACCGAUGAUAAAUCUCGCACACCCAUCUUUUAUGCCCUUCGCGCUCAAAAUCAGACGAUCAUUCGCAUGCUUCUUUCCGACCCGAGAACGGAUAUCGAUUGGCAAGAUAAACACAAGCAGACGCCAUUGAUAUACACCAUUGCCAGGAACGCUUUGUCUGCAGACUCACUUCUACUGGAUUUCAAGCCACGUCUGAAUAGGAGAGAUGAAAAGAAGCGGUCUGCUAUCUGGUAUGCCGUUGCACAUUGCCAUGAGGGCCUGGUUCAGGUUCUUCUGGGAAGGGGUAGUGUUAUACGAAUGUCGGAUUACAGAAACAUCUCAUCAGUUGGUCUGGCCAUUGUCAAAAAGAGCGCGGAGGUCACCCGCAUGUUGCUACACCAUCGAGAGUCUGAUACAGGAAAGUGCUUACUGGAAGAUGACAAUGUCAGAGACCAUUUGCUGCACCGGGCUGUAAAGGUGGGAUUCCAUGAUAUCAUCGCGCUACUCGUUACCCAUGGUGCGAAUCCGAAUACACGAAAUAGGAAUGGCCAGAGCCUCUUGCACCAAGCCGCAGAACGUGGUGACAAAGAGGUACUUCAACACUUGCUUACCUAUGAACAGACAUCCGCCGACGCCAGAGACAGGUUCGGUCGCACCGCCUUCCACAUCGCAGCAGAACACGGCCAGAAGUCAAUAGCACGUCUUCUCUUGACCUGUAGCGCAGUGGAUAUCAAUGCCUUGGACAAUAAUGGAGCAACAGCGCUCUGUUUAGCUGUUCAGGCAGAACGUACCGCGAUCGCCUUACAGAUUCUUGCAGAAGACCAUGUCGAUCUCAACGUGAAAGGCCAAAAUGGCAGUACAGCUCUUCAUUCCGCGGCGAAAAGGGGAAAUGUACCAAUCGCGGCUGUUCUUCUCAACAAUCAUGAUCUAGAUCCGAACAUUCGUGACGAUGAGGAAUGGACUCCUCUCACCUGCGCUGCUUCUAGGGGUGACUUAUGCAUGGUGGAACUAUUGCUCGCAAGGACAGAUAUACAAGUGAACGUGCCACAGGCUUCUCCUCUAUUCCAUGCUGCGAGAGAGGACCAUCGAGACGUCGUACGUCGAUUACUCUGCCUUGAUACCAUCGAUAUCAAUCAGAAAUUUUGGGAUUUUUCGCCGCUCUGUGUUGCAUCCGAGAUGGGACACCUUGAGAUUACGAGACUACUUCUUAAGCACAGACCGCCACCCGACCUUAAUCUCAAAACUUACAUGGGAGACACUGCACUCUCUCUGGCGGCUUGCCAUGGUCAACUAUCGAUCAUAGAUCUCUUGCUGAAAGAAAAAGGUCUGGAUGUCACUGCUAGUGAUAAGCUCGGGGACACUGCAAUAUGCAAAGCAGCUCGUAACGGACAUGAGCAUGUCGUUCAACGUCUCUUCAAGGAUCCUCGCGCAAAGGAUGGCAAUGAUAUGAAAGUUGCCAUUGAAACAUCUCUGACUAGUAAAAUCUCGCUUUAUCUUCAGGGCCGCUUGAAUGCGGAGGGCAACUUUCGCACUUAG